UUAGUCCAUUAAUUAAGUAAUAACUUCGCGUGUGCUGUUAUGUUUACGUUGUUUGGGGAUGUAACUGAUAUUGUACCGUAGUAUUGUGGUUUUGCACUUAUCCCGGCUACAGUACAUUUUAACGGCGAAACAGCAUUAGAAUAAGUACAAUUAUGCAGAAUUUAAACUGGUUAACGUUAUUUCUGAUAAGUUUGGUGAUGUUUAUCUGGCAGUUAUCACCAUCAAACGCUUGCGAAAACACGGGUGCCAAUCACGCCCAGUAUUGGGAAAACGUUUCCACACGGAGCAAGGCGAGGAGAUACGUGCUUAGAUCGGAACCGUUAGUGCACUUUCGGCCGAGAGGGAUAAAUUAUUUGGACGCAUUGGCCAGCUGGGACUAUUUUUCAUCCCCGCAGUAUUUGACAGGGCCGAAUCACCCAAGGCCCUCGUAUAUCUCCACAUUAAACGCCGAUAGUUUGGAACGUCAUAAAAAAAACUGCCGAUGUCUGGCCAACAGUACCUGCUGGCCUUCCUCGCACGAAUGGAAUGUAUUUAACGCCACUGUCAACGGUCAACUUAUUAUUCCACGGCCCACCGCAUAUCCUUGUUAUCUCGGAAUCGGUUUCAAUGCCACGCAGUGCCAGACCAUCAAAGAUUCAUUCUCCGAUCCGCACUUUCUGGUCCAAAAUGCUGGGAGUAUGCAGGAGUUUAUUGCGGAAGAGGACGGUGCGCUGCGAUGCUCCAUCGAAGCCGCAUCCAUUCCCGGUUCAGUCUGUCAAAGCGGUCGCGUGUCCGCGUACGGUGUGGCGGUGCAAUCGGUGUCCGAUAUCCAGAAAGCCGUUAUCUAUGCUCGGUCUCGCAAUUUGCGACUGGUGAUUAAAUCCACGGGACAUGAUUAUCUUGCCCGCAGUACAGCGGAUGGUUCGUUGCUCAUAUCGAUGCAUACUUUUGCAAAAGUGGAAACUCGAACAUCUUUCACGCCAGAAGGUUGCUAUCCUCAACAAACGGUGACCUCACCGGUUGUGAUAGCCACCGGGGAAUUACUUGGGAUGACGUUUACGCCAAAGUACGUUUAG